CUGUUGCUGUACUUUUACUUGAGUAGGAGGCGCAAAGUUACAGGAAUUCAUAAAGACUAUCUGUAGUUGUUUGUUACAGAGUUUUAAUGGAAGUCUCACGGGAUACAUACACGUAUCCUCGCCAUGCCUCGGCUUUAUCAUACUAAAUCUAAGACUGGCUGUGCUCGAUGUAGAGCUCGCCGCGUCAAGUGUGAUGAAGCCAAACCAAAAUGUGGUUGCUGUGCCCGCCAUGAAGUAGAUUGUCUUUACGACAGAAUAGACCGCGCUAUGUCUUUGAAACCAAAUGUCACUCAUGUUCCCGAUCCAGUAUUACACCGGGCAGGGACAGCAGCGGGCCAAGCCGCUGCCCACAAUGACGUACACACGGAAGAGUUGACGCCUUUAAUAUCAGCAGAAAGUCGUGACCGCCGCUAUCUAGAACUCCGGCUGCUUCACAUGUGGACCACCGAGGUCUGUGAGACGCUCCCAGGAGGCUAUGACCCUCAAAAUCUCAAAAUCUGGUCUAUUGAUGUUCCCAAGAUUGCUCUUGACUAUGAACCUCUUCUCACUGCAAUUUUCUCAAUCUCUCUCUUGUAUAUGGUCUUCAGCAACUCUCGGGUCGGCAUUGCAGAGGACGAGCUAUUUGCAUAUAGAGCAAGAUAUUUCGAGGCUACCCUACGGCACCACCGCAAGGCACUUGGCUCUAUGGAUCAUCGCACUGCUAAUGGGGCCAGCUUCACCUCCAUUAUUCUUAUAUUCGAUGCUUUCGCAAGCCUCAGAGAGCGUUGGAUUCAACCGAUCCACCAUAGUAUGCCGUAUAAGCCACCGACGGAAUGGCUACAGAUGUGUAGGGGAGCCCGAAAGGUUGCUGCUCUCGGACUAGAUAUGAUCGGCGAAGACUCUGAUUCAUCUCUCAGUAUCAUGGCCAAGGGAGCUGCUGCUUUCAUUGAUCCGGAGAUUAUCUACUCGGAAGCUAGCCGUGCGCGGUUUGCUCACUUACUGCCAAAAAAUGCCGAUGAAUCCCAGGAUGGCGUUGAUAAUGAGGCAUACAUUAGAGCAGUUGCGUACAUCGGGUCGGUCGCGGCUGCAAAGGAAGCUGGAGAACCGCCUCUGAUAACUGCUCGAAGACUUACAAUUUUCCCCAUCAUCCUGCACAGCCGUUUCCUCACCUUGAUCGAUAUGCUCAGUCCACGUGCUAUGGUUAUCCUAGCUCACUAUUUCGCUUUACUAUGCCCCCUCGACGGGCUGUGGUGGAUAGGUAAUUGUCCGAAAAAGGAGAUUGAAGCCAUCAACUCCAAUCUUAGCAGCGAGUGGCAAGGCAUGAUGGAGUGGCCGCUGCAAGUACUCCGCGAUCACGAUAAACCAUCCAUCGUGCGCGGCAAUGAGAAGUGAUGUUGUGGACGAAACGUGCCAUCGCAUUAACCUGGCUGGGGUUUGAGGAUGAAGAAGACAAGAAAACAGCUAAUUCCUAGUACCAUUCAACGGUGGAUGUAUUAUUGCCUUGCCCUUUGGCUGGCUUUGGCUCGGAUGGAUCUACCCUAUUAAUAAUUGGAUUAUCGAGCACGAACUGCG